UGGCUCAAACCGGGACAUCGCUUAGAGCGAUUUGCUGGUUGAUGUGCGGUGAUUGCCGCAAACUCAACGCGACCGUCAACGAGCAAACAACAUAAGCGCGACGGCCAGGACUCGAGCAGGAGCAGGACAUGAUGUCAGCGCUAAAUGAGAACAGCCUCAGCCCAGUUGCAACUGCAGCUGCAGCUGCAACGGCGACGGCAACAGCAACUGCAACUGCGGCAGCGGCAGCUGCUGCUGCAGCUGCAACUGUUGCCACAAGCAAGUGCUCUGCCACAACGACCACAAUGCUAACCACAAAAACGCCAUUUUCCAUCGAACACAUAUUAUUUCAAAACUUGAACAACAAUAACAACAGCAACAGCAACAACAACAACAACAAUAGCAAUCAAAAGUGCAACAAAUAUUCAGUGAAAAGUGCCAGGAGCAAUGCGAGCGCCAGCUCCAUAUCCGCCGUAUCAAAUACCCUAUCAAGUGGCAGUGCCAGUGCCAAUGCUAAUGCUAAUGCCAAUGCCAAUGCAAGUGCAUAUGACAAUAACAGAUACCCUGUAAAUCCAGCCGCGACGGCCUCGACACGUCACACCAGCAGUCCGCAGCACUCGGCAGGGAUUUAUACCAGCGAGGAUUACGUCAAGUCCAUGCACAGCCAACGUGCACACCACCAAAGGUCAGCAGCCGGCCACUACGGCCACUCGAACUCGGGGCCAGCGGGAGAGCCAAGUGUGCAACAGAUGACAGCAGCAGCAGCAGCAGCGGCGGCAGCGGCGACUGCAGCACCUCCAGCACCGCCUCCGCCUCCGCCAGCAGCGAGUGCCCCGAAUAGUGUGCUUUAUCCAAACGCUGGGUAUGGCGAUCAUGGCUUCUUGCAGAUGACCCUGGGCUAUCUGUCGCCGUCGUCGGGCACGUACAAGUCGGUGGAUCCCUACUUUCUGUCCCAAGCCAGCCUGUUUGGAGGAGCGCCCUUCUUCGGCGCGCCCGGCUGUGUGCCGGAGCUGGCCCUCGGUCUGGGCAUGGGCGUGAAUGCGCUGAGGCACUGCCGGCGCCGUAAGGCGCGCACCGUCUUCAGCGACCCGCAGCUGUCGGGCCUGGAGAAGCGCUUCGAGGCGCAACGGUAUCUGUCGACGCCAGAGCGCGUAGAGCUGGCCACGGCUCUGGGACUGAGCGAGACGCAGGUCAAGACCUGGUUCCAGAAUCGCCGCAUGAAGCACAAGAAACAGCUGCGACGACGCGACACUGCCAAUGAACCCGUUGACUUCUCACGCACCGAGUCAGGCGGCAAGCAGCAGGGCGAGCCCCACAGCCCCCCAGCAGUAGCCACGGAUGCCAAGCCCAAGUUGGGCCAGUCAUCAAGUCAGCAGCAGCUGCAAAUGUGCUUCCUGCAGCAUGGCUACUCCACGGAUGACUACUCCGACCUGGAGGCGGACAGCGAGGAUGAUGAUAAUUCCAGCGAUGUGGAUAUUGUGGGCGACACGAAGCUCUAUCAGCUCACAUAGGACGCAGGCGUGUAAAGAGUUGUCCAUUCAUAGACUUAACGUGUGCGAAAAAUACCAGAAUCUU